CCUAAAAUCCUUCGGAGCAACCAAAAUCAUGGCGCUUCAUCUCGCCAGACGCCACCAACGGUUACCAUCAAACCCAUCUUUGAUUCGAUUUUUCUCCAAUUCCUCAUCGGACUCACCUCCCAAAGUCUUGAACACACCGGUUGAAAACUCCUCUCAGUCACCAUCUUCUCCGUCUCCGUCAGACUCCUCGUACUCUUCUCCGUCAUUCGACAUCAAUACCACUCUGAAACAGAAAUUACAGAACCAGCAGGAGCAAGGAAGGAAACCAUUUACCAGAUCCGAUGCCCAAUCUCAGAAUCGUGGAUCGACUAGUUUCUCCCAAAACCAGUCUCGCGUGUCUUUACAUGAUUUGGGGACGAACCUCGCCAAGUUUCAGCGGAGAUCCACCGUUCCACCUCCGAGGUAUUCAGGUGGCGUACAGUCUCCGCCGCAGAUUUCCUUAGAGGGCCUCUAUAAGCAGAGCACUGCAACAAACUCAUCGGAUCCUAGAAAUUGGAAAGCUCAGGGUUUCAAUUCGAGCACCGUAAGUGAAACUUUAAAGAAUUUGAGGACGCAGACUAACACUUCAAACAACAUUGGGAAGAAAGGAGGGUUUUUAGGAAGUUUCAAGAGCACUGCAGGAGAAGCAUUGCCCAUAUCCCUGUUCGAAACAAAAAUGGACGAGAGGGAGGGAAGGGAAGGUGAAACGGAGGAGAUGAUGACGGAGUUCUUAACGUUUUAUAACGAAGAAGAAUUAGGUGACAAACUAAGGAUGCUUAGGCCAGAAGGAGAGAAAGAAGAAGGAUGGUUCUCAUUGCAAGAGUUGAAUCAGAGGUUGGUUAAGCUAAGGCAAGUGGAAGAGAAAGAGGCACAAUAUCGGACUAAGGACUUUACCACACUCAGGAAUGUUAUUUCAUCAAUUAAGAAUGAGAAUGACAAAAAAAAUGAAGUUUUUUCCCAGCAGAAUAUCGCCAUUAUGGGCCAUUUGGGUGGUAUCCCUGAAUACAAGCUUCUUCCUCCCAAAGAGGAUCUAGUUGGCACUUAUUUCCACCCAGAUAACAUGUCCUCUGCGGAGAAGAUGAAAAUUGAGCUCACGAAAGUCAGGGAAGAGUUCAAGAUGUCAGAAUCAGAUUGUGGUUCUGCACGUGUGCAAGUGGCACUACUCACUACUAAGAUCAAGCAUUUAUCCUCAAGUUUACACAAAAAGGACAAGCAUUCACGGAAGGGACUUUUAGGAAUGGUGCAGAAACGGAAGAAACUGUUGAAAUAUCUAAGACGAACUGAUUGGGAUUCUUACUGCCUUGUCCUGUCAAAACUCAGCCUUCGUGACAACCCGGAAUACAAGCUCUAAGCUUUAUGCGCUAGAGACCCGAUGAUGGUAUCUCUGCACCCUUUUCGUUCAACCAACGCACUGUUGUGAGACUUAGCUGUUCAAACCCUGUUAGGCAUUUUACUCUCUAGGGAAGAAAGUCACUCUAUUUCAUUUUGUCCUCUUACUCCAAUGUUUCACCUGGAGCUCUUCAAUCAUGCAUUUGUGGCAAAGAAAUGAAGUUGUGGAUCUCUU